CCGCCCUCACAAUUUCCCCAUAAUUUCCCUUCUCCCGCUUUCUUUCUUUCCCUUCCUUUUUUCCCACUCUCCCACCACCGCCGCAGCAGCUCCGGUUGUUUUCUUUCCCCAACCUUUCAUGGGCUCCUCUGCCUUCUUUCAAGUCUCUCCAAAACCCCAAGAAAAACCUAUUCCCUUUCCGUUUCUUUCUCCACCUGUCUCGCAUAUUCUCUCGCUUCUAUUCACAGAAUUCGUCGCCGCACGCCACACUCCUGUUGUCUUCUGGAUUGCAUGACAACGACAGGACUAGACAAAACAAGAAGCCUUCUCAAUUGAAGAAAAAGCUUGAAGCUUUCUUUUUCUACCCAUUCAACUCGCAUUAGCCUGAAAACCCACAUUAGGGGAAAAAAACCCAAGAGUUGUCUUUUCUUCCAGCUGAGCAGGGCUCUCUUUACAUCCCUCAAUUCUGCCACCUGGUUGGUCUAUAGGAGAAGUGGGGCAGUUUUGAAUGUGGAUUCCAUUGCUAAGGUGAGUUCUUCUCUCCUUUCUUCUUCGGAUUUUGCAAAUGAUAUAGAAGGGUUUUAGUAAAACCGGUUUUGUUGAAUUGGGAUUGAAUUUUGUAUGUCUCAGGUUUGGCGGCUGCUGGGGAAUCUCUAUUCUUAGUUGAAAGAUGGCUGUGAGUCGUAAUGUUAGUUUUGUGGAAUGGGAAGAACACAUUAUUUGCCAUGAGCGUGGGAACCGAGUGGUUCACUAUUACUUGAAGAAUGCUUUGGGGCAGUCUCUGUUAGCUGUGAUAGGGACUGAGCGGAGCGUAAGGCAUAUGAUAUACGUUGUUUGCGAUGGGUUCUUGGUUGCUUAUGGGUCUGAUUUUGGCAUCAGUGCCUCCACGAAAUGGAGAGCGAGACGAGAAGUUGUGGACUGGCUUGCCGCCAUGGUAUCCAGGGAUCGAGGUGUUGCAGGUAUGCGGAUUGAUAUCUUAGUAGCAUCACGACUUGUCUUUUUCGUGAUAUGAAUAGUAGCUAAGGAUUUGAAUCGUUCUUUGCUUUCUUGAUUUACUUUUUGGUGUAUGGUUUUUGUGAUACCAUCCUAAUUUAGAGAUUUCAAAAAGCAUGUGUAGAACCUGCUCCUGCCUUGCACGCCUUAACAGAUUUUGGUAGCAUUUUUACGUGUUUGGUUAUGAUUGACUUAUGCUAUAGUGUUCUGGAGAAAGAUUCUGCAUUAGGGUCAAGAAUAUAGAGGAAGAGUUUGCAUAAUUGUUAGAGAUGUUGAAAAGCUCCAUUUGGUAGCUGAAUCUACUUCUCUUGGUCAUGUUAAUGUACCUUGUGUGUUUAGUUGUAGAUGCACUUCCCUUGGGAGUUGGCAUUGUGAUUUCGAAAUAAGUAUCGAGGAAAAAACGAACACAUAGUUACUUACUCGAAGUACAAUGAUAGGAAGUAAUGCUAUACAUUAUUUAACUUGCAUUGUUGUAGUUGUUAACACUUAGUUGUAAUAUGGAAUUCUUACUUGUCAACUUUCAGUUGAUUAUACUAUGGUUGAAAACUAGUGUCAGGGAUUGUUAAAGUUAGAAUGACAUUGUUUCAAUUGAAUUAGAUAUGGAGAGUUCAUGAUUUCCCAUAAUGUUAUAACGAUACUAUAUAGACUUUGAAGAGCUUUAAAUUCAUAAUCAAAUGCCUAGAUAAUCUGUAUCCAUAUGCUUUUCCAGUUAAUACCUGUCUACGCAGAGUGUUGUUCAAUGUGACCUGAAUUCCAACGAUUAUGCAUCACGUGUCUCAAUCCCAUUGUUUGUUUGCCUUUCUAUAAUGUCACAGAUGAUAUUUUUUCCUUAGUUGGAUAACCGUGGUUCUCUUCCGAAAAAGAAAGCUAUUUAUGUUUUGUUGAACAAUAUGGAAAUUACAACUGUGAGGCAAGUAGUCUUGACUAAAUCUGAAUUCUAUUUAAAAUUUACUACGGCAAAACGUUGAUUUUUCCCCAUCUCUCUUCAAUUUAGGAAAACAUAAUUUAUCAUAUUACUCAAAUCAGAGAACUGUAUUCUAGUUUGCAGUAUGAUAAACCUGCUUUGAAGGUCCACAUUCACUGUAUCUAGUUCUUAAACCUGAUAUUAUUUUGAACACCACAUGAUCCUAUCAGAUUUUUUGCGCCACGUAUAUUACAUGCACGUCCCGCACAUGAAUGUGUACACGUAGAGGACCAGGGAAGAGCGAUUAUAUAUAUGCUCUGUCACUCUAGUGGGUAGGCUUAGUGUGUGGGUUGAUUACAAACCCUCCAGAGUUGUGAGGGCGAUCUAGAUUGUUCUUCUAGCUUAUGCUUCAUGGUAAAACUAAAGACUGUAGACAUCAAUUUGGGGUUAACAUGGUGGCAGGUGUUGAUAUAAACGACUCCACCGACAGCUUGGGAUCUCUUGAGGCUGUUACCGGAUUGGCUCCGUUCAAUACUUAUUUGCCAGAGCAUGUGGCUCAGAGAAGACCAAAAGUCGAAAAAGCAAGCAUCGAUUGGUCUGGUGUUGCUUUGAUCUGUGCUAAACAGCUGAAGCAUUACCCACUUUUGACAAGGAACGGCACUGCUAUACCGGUGCAUUCGUUUGUGUUCAUCUUGGCUGAAGAGGAACAGCACUACCUUGGCUACUUAGAAGAUAUGUACGAGGAUAGGAAAGGCAAGAAAAAGGUUAAGGUUCGCUGGUUCUACCGCAGUGAGGAAGUCAACACUCUGAUUCCUCAGCUAAACCCUCAUCCCAGAGAAGUCGUCAUAACGUCUAAUGUCCAGGUCAUCAGCGCAGAGUGUAUCGACAGCUCGGCGACUGUCUUGACACCUUGGCACUACGAAAAAUAUGCGGCAGUUGCUGACCUCAGUUCGCCAACAUCUUCGCCAGCUGUCCACAUGUGCUUUCGCCAGCUCAAGAAAAACAAGCUCAAGCCAUUCGCUCUCGCAAAACUGAAUGGAUACUCCAACCAAUCCAUCGUCGCCUCUCUCGGUGAGUGCGAUGAUCAAUUGGCUUAUGAAGAUGUUAUUUGUGCACGAGCGAAUGACAAGAGAAAGAGUACAUCAUCCAAUGUUGCCCCGGGGAUCCAUCAGCCGGUAGAGACUAAGCCUGCGCUUCCUAAGCUUAAGUUCCGCUUAUCGAGGAGAACUACGAACAGCAGGGAUUCGGUCGCGCCUCAGUUGCCCUCUCCUGUGACAUUCAAGGCGGAUGAUGAGAUAGAGUUGCUGUGUGAAGACAGCGGCAUUAGGGGGUGUUGGUUUAGGUGCAAGGUCCUGGAAGCUUCCAAGAGGCGUCUGAAAGUUCAGUACAUCGAUGUGCUGGAUGAGGAAACCAGUAGCAAUCUAGAGGAAUGGGUCCCUGCUACUAAAGUGGCUGCUCCAGAUAAGUUGGGUAUAAGACAUGUUGGCCGCCAAAGAGUUCGCCCGCCUCCUCCUGUUGAUCUCAGGAACUGUACUUUUGAGGUUGGAGCGCCAAUUGAUGCAUGGUGGUGUGACGGCUGGUGGGAAGGUGUUGUUUCUGCAGCUGGAAAUGACCGUCUGCAAGUUUACUUACCUGGUGAAGGCAGGUCGCUGAGUGUUGGUCGGAAGCAUGUCAGAAUCUCCAGGGACUGGGUGGAGAACAGAUGGGUUGACGUGAAGCCAAAGACAGAUAUAGUUGAUUAUCUAUCUUUGAAUAUGGGCUGCAAUGGUAGACUCAAGACUUCUGACUCUGGUGGAGAUGCUCGAUAUUUGGAGCAGAAGGUUGUUCCAGUAUCCAGUGAACAAGAGAGAGAAAGAUUCCCAAGUUCUUCACCCCUGUCGGAUGAGAUGCAGAAUCUGGAGGUGAUUAGUGUGAGUAAGGAUGCAGUGGAUCACAAAGACAACUUCGUUAGCAAAGCUGCUUAAGUCCCUUGACAGUGUAGAAAUUUUGAUCAUAGGUGAACGUUUGGGGUGCCCCUGUUGGUGUAUAUAACAGUAGAGCAUGUUGCACUGUAGUAAAGCAUUCUGAGAUCAACAUAUAACGUUUAGCGUUAACCCGUCACUAAGUAAUUGAAAGUUUUAGACUAUAGCAGUUGGAGCUGUAUCCCAAAUCCCAAUUAUCCUCAAACUAGCCUUAUGUUUUGUGAUAUACCAAGAUAACAUUUUGGUUCUAUACAGGUUUAACUUGUGCAAAAGCUCAGGUUCUGACUGUAAAAGCUGUGUUAGGAUUUCAGUACUUUCUCCAUGGUGAAAGAAUCAAAGAAAUAGAAGUUCAGUGCUUUUUGCCUUUCUUUCUCAUUUUUGGUAGAGUGGAUGGUUGCAUUAUACAGAACCCCUUUAGGUAAUUCCGAGUUUCAACCAUCUGCAGCUACAUAAAGGAACUGAGCUCUA